AUGUCCCUUUAUUGCAAUACAGGCAAGGCUACGAGAGCAAAAACAGGCUCGCUCUUAUCUGCUUUCAAUGGAUCCAUACCAUUUGGACAAUACGGUGACUACGGUGAAUGUUUUGAUUGUGGAAUGAAGAACACAGGAAAAGGAGGUUUUGGAAUUGUUCAAAAAGCAACAUGGACAGAAGGGCAGAUCGAUCAGAUUAUUGGAUGGAAUUAUCUCAGAAGUCAAUGGGAGAGGCAUGGUCGAACAAGAGUGGUGGUUAAGAUAUUGGAUAAUUCCCGAAAUAUAAACGUGGAUUUCUUUAAGAAGAUGAUGCCGUUUCUUAAAGUUAAAUCCUUGAUCUCUGAAAGUUUGUCCUUUCAUUUAAUCCGAUGCUCGGGAAUUACAAGGGAUCCAGAAACUCGGAAAUAUGCAAUA